AUGUCAAUCCCUCAAGAUAUUGCUUCCACCUUUCAAAAGGCUUUGAAUAUUUCUGGUUCUCCAAACGCCGUGUCGACUUCUCCAACACAUUCAUACUUGAGCCAAUAUGCUGCGCAGCACAAACCAACAAAAGCAUUGAAGCCAUUCUCAACUGGUGAUAUCAAGAUUUUGUUGUUGGAAAACGUGAAUGAAACAGCUAUGAAAAUUUUCAGAAACCAAGGUUACCAAGUUGAGUUCUACAAAACUUCUUUGCCAGAGGAGGAAUUGAUUGAAAAAAUUAAGGAAGUCCAUGUCAUUGGUAUCAGAUCGAAGACAAAGUUGACUGAAAAUAUCUUGAGACAUGCAAGGAAUUUAGUCGCCAUUGGAUGCUUCUGUAUUGGCACCAAUCAAGUUGACUUGGAAUUCGCUGCUAAGUCUGGUAUUUCUGUUUUCAACUCGCCAUUUUCUAACUCUAGAUCUGUGGCCGAGUUGGUAAUUGCGGAGAUCAUCACUUUGGCAAGACAAUUGGGAGACAGAUCUAUUGAGAUGCACACAGGUACAUGGAACAAAGUCAGUGCUAAAUGUUGGGAAAUUAGAGGUAAGACAUUAGGUAUUGUUGGUUAUGGUCACAUUGGUUCUCAGUUAUCUGUCUUAGCCGAGUCGAUGGGUAUGAAUGUUAUUUACUACGAUGUCACCAUGAUCAUGGCUUUGGGUAACUCGAAGCAAGUUGACACAUUGGAUGAAUUGUUGAACAAAGCCGACUUUGUCACUUUACACGUUCCUGCUACACCAGAAACCAAGAACUUAUUGAGUAUCCCUCAAUUUGCUGCCAUGAAGGAUGGUGCUUACGUGAUCAAUGCCUCUAGAGGUACUGUGGUCGAUAUUCCAGCUUUGAUCGAGGCUAUGAAAGCUGGCAAAAUUGCAGGUGCUGCUUUGGAUGUGUAUCCCCAUGAGCCAGCAAAGAAUGGUGAAGGAUUGUUUUCUGACAGCCUUAACGAUUUUGCUUCGGAAUUAUGCUCGUUGAGAAAUGUGAUUUUGACACCUCACAUUGGUGGAUCUACUGAAGAAGCACAAUCUGCUAUUGGUGUUGAAGUUGCUACUGCCUUGACGAAAUACGUUAACGAAGGUAACUCUGUUGGUGCUGUUAACUUCCCAGAGGUGGCAUUGAGAGAUUUGGACUUGGACCAAGAAAACAUUGUUAGAGUUUUGUACAUUCACCAGAAUGUUCCUGGUGUUUUGAAGACUGUUAACAACAUUUUGUCUAACCACAACAUUGAAAAACAAUUUACUGACUCGAGAGGUGACGUUGCGUACUUGAUGGCGGACAUUUCUGAUGUGGAUCACUCUGAUAUUAAGUCUUUGUACGAACAAUUGGAGCAAACUCCAUACAAGAUUGCUACCCGUUUGUUGUACUAG